AUGCCGCCCUCGCAGCUGAAGCGCCUCAAGGCGUCCUUGCGUGAAAAGGGCAUCGUUGGUCCGCAGAAAUCCAAGAAGGAAAAGAAGAGGUCCUCCGGCAAGGAUGGCGCCGAGCGCGCCGCUCAGCGCAGUGCCGCGCUCGCCAGCAUCCGCGACAAUUUCAACCCUUUCGAAAUAAAGGCCGCCGCGAGGCCCGAAAAAUUCGAGUCCACAAGCCUGCAGAAGGCGAAUGGGAAGAAUGGGAAGGGUGUGUUGGCAAGGCCCGGCGUGACCAAGAGCAUGGGCGAGGAGACUCGCCGCAAAACUCUUCUGCCCGAAUUGAACAAGCGGAACAAAGCCGGAGGUAUUAUUGACAGACGUAUCGGCGAGAACGACCCGAAUAUGUCGGUUGAGGACAAGAUGAUGGAGCGUUUCACACGCGAGAAGUCGCGCAAGAAGGGAGCUGGUCUGUUUGACUUGGAAGACGACGAGGAACAAGAGGAGGUGCAGCUUACGCAUAUGGGACGUGCUCUGGAUCUCUCCGGCGAGCAGGAUGACUUCGACGCCGGCAGCCUCUCGGGCGGUAGCGACGACGAGGAUGGCAGGCCGCGCCGGCUGAAGAGAAGAAGGGAUUCGGACGAGGACAUUGACCUCACGGACGAAGAGGGGGAGGAUGAGCCGGAGCGCAAAAAGAGCAAGGCUGAGGUCAUGAAGGAGGUCAUUGCCAAGUCGAAAUUGCACAAGUAUGAACGCCAGCAGCAGAAGGAGGAUGAUGACGACUUGCGAGAAAAGCUCGACGCCGAUAUGCACGACAUGCUGUCUCUUCUGCGAGGCGUCAAAAAACCCCCGGCACUCCCAAUCUUCGACGGAACGGAGGGUGCACUCGGCUCGAUGAACCCGGAACGAGCGGCACUCAUGAGCGACGCGGACAAGGCCAAGGCUGAGAAGGAGUACGAUAAGCGGUUAUUCGAGAUGAAGCUGGACAAGCGCGCAGCUCCGACUACAAGAACGAAGACCGGCGAGGAAAAGGCAAAGGAGGAGGCCGAAAAAUUGAAGAAGAUGGAGGAGAAACGGAUGAAGAGAAUGAGAGGCGAGGAGGAUAGCAGCGAUGAAGAAGAGGAGCAAACAAAGAACGAUGUGGAACUACAAGGAGACGAGGAUGUCUUCCCGGAUGACGCAGCGGAGUUUGGUUUGCAAGAUGUUCAUACCAACCUGCGGCCACCAGGCGUCGACGAUGAGGAUGAUUUUGUCAUUGAUGAUGACCUGGUCGCCAGUGGCUCGGACAUAGAUGAGGAUGAUGUGUCAAGUGGAAGCGAGGUCGAGAGCUCUGAUGAAGAGGAUGGAGAGCCUGAGAUCAAUGAAGAGGAAGAAGAGGACGAGUUUGUCCGCGGUAUAUUGGGAAAGAGCGAGGAGGAAAAGGCCCAGGAAAAGGCUCUGGAUGCGAAGAAGGCACUUGAGACACAGGCUUCAAAACUAGCCUACACAUAUCCGUGCCCUCAGUCACACGGGGAGUUGGUGGAUGUGUUGAAGGGUGUUUCCGCGGCAGACACACCCACAGUCGUUCAGCGCAUCCGAGCUUUGUACCACCCUCAACUGAGCGCAGAGAACAAGGAGAAGAUGGCACACUUCUGUGGAGCUUUGGUGGAUCAUGUCUCAUUUAUGGCUCUGCAAAAGCCAGCUCCGCCAUUGGCACCUAUCGAAACCUUGAUCCGACACCUUCACUCUCUUUCUCGGACAUUCCCCCUCGACGUUGCGAAAGCCUUCCGGAGUCACAUUGAAAAGAUGCUCGGAGCGUCGACGAUUAGCCCAGGGGACCUGGUUAUUCUGACCGCCAUUGGAACCAUCUACCCGACGUCCGACCACUUCCACCAAGUCGUUACUCCAGCCAUUACAAUCAUGGCGCGCUGGCUUGGUUUGACGACACCGCAAACAACCCAGGAACUAGUGACCGGCGCAUACGUUGGUACGCUGUGUCUCAAGUACCAGGCGCUUUCGAAGCGUUACAUCCCCGAGCUAGUCCGUUUUACUUCCCUUGCACUGAAGCAUCGCUCUACACCCCCGGACAUCAUUGGUGCCUACCUCAACAACCUCACCACCAUGGCCGAUAUGUGGGCAAACACGCCAGCUUUCACCGAGAUAUUCACGCCAACCGCCCUCGCCACUGUCCAAUCCCUCGGCAAGCCCGGCCGGAAAGCAGCCCAACACCUGACCAUCCUGCUGUCGAAUGCGCGGCAGCGGCGGCGCCCGCAGGAGCUGCACCACUGGCGGCCGCUGCCAAUCAAGACGAGUAUCCCCAAGUUCGAGGAGGGUUUCAAUCCGGACAAGCACUACGAUCCGGAUCAGGAGCGGCGCGAGGCAGCCAAGCUCAAGGCGGAGUACCGGCGCGAGAAGAAGGGAGCGAUGCGCGAGUUGCGCAAGGACGCGAGCUUCAUCGCACGCGAGAAGCUGCGCGAGAAGAAGGAGCGCGACGCCGCGUACGAGGCCAAGUACAAGCGCCUUGUGGCGGAGAUCCAGGGCGAAGAGGGAAGGGAAAAGAACGCGUACGAGAGGGAGAAGAAGGCAAGGAAGGAGAGGAGGAGGUAG